UCGUUAUAUUUUUUGAAAUUUUCCUAAUCUAUAAUAGAGAAAUCUAAUAUUCGUUCAUUUUCUCGUAGCAUUAUUCUUUACUCUUUGUAGAGGAUUUUAUUUACAGCUGUCAGAAAUAGAGCGAAAACGUUAGCUUGAUGUAAAAUUAUAAGCGCGCAACGCGAUUCUUCUCCAGACGAAGACGCUUUGUCACCCGUGUUUCCUUAUUUCCAACAAUGUUAUUUCGCAGGCAAUAUCGAUCAAAUAGGUGACUCCCAUACGUCGCAGCACGCACGUCCUCGACAGCCUUAACUCCUAGGCGGAGACACUCAGUCGUGUGUCGUCAGGGCGGACAAUCGGAAGUUUGUCAUUAUAUUUCCAAAAAAUAUGUCCGAACAGCAAACGAAUUCGUACGACUCGAGGCCGGUAACGUCAAAGAAAUUGGAGAGGCCACCGUUUAAACUGUGUUUCUCGAAAAAACAGCAAACCGGAAGAUCCAACACUUGCAUAUCGAAAACAAACGCGGACUUUGUGACUCCGAAAUUCUACUCGAGGGAACUCGAGGACACUCGGAAUGCAGACGUAAGCGAUACGGUUGAGAGAAUCGCUGUGGAACAAGAUAGAAACCCGAGGAAUCUUUACCAAUCACCAUUGUUAACCAGCCACACUUACGGUUGGUGGCACGACAAAGGGAUACAGCCGAAGGACACGCGAUUUAAUUUUCAUAAGAGAACGUCAGACCUGGUGAGCUUCCAGAUGAAAAUUUACGCCGAGGAUCGAAAUUUGAAAAGUCGUAAACAAUGAACGCAGGGUAUAAAUCGAUAUUAUACAUUAUCAAGUAUUCAUCAUGGUAUUGACGUACAAUAAUUGUAUUUCAGUGAUAAUAGUCUAAUAAAUCAAAAUAUAUCCUGAUUAU